CACAAUAAGUGGAAAGAAGAAGCAGCAGCAGCAGCAGCAAACGGCAAUAAAAAUAAAUCAUUUAAAAAACGCCGCGCCAAAAGAAUUUGCCAAAUUACGCGUUCAUUUAUUUGCCAGCGCUGCUCGUGCAUUGACCGAAUUUUAACAGCAGCAGCAGCAGCAACAACAAACAGCAACAGCCACAAACAACAACAAACAACAAACAGCAAACAGCAACAGCAGCAGCUGCCAAAAUGGAUGCAGAGGAACCAAGCAUUCCACAGAAUACAGCAACAACAACAACAACAACAACAACAACAACAACAAUAACCUCCAACAAUGGCAACCAAAGUACUAUGAGCUCCAAUACUUCAAAGCUGACGGCGCCAGAGAGCGAAGGCCAACCAGUUCAGGCAGAAACCGAUGCAAAGCCAGCGGCUGGCAGCCAUGAGGAUUACCAUCCGCCCACAAGCUACCUGGAGACAAUUGUGCACCUGUUCAAGGGCAACAUCGGACCCGGACUCUUUGCCAUGGGCGAUGCCUUCAAGAACGGCGGCCUGAUCGUCGGCCCCGUGCUCACCGUUGUGAUUGCCGUGAUCUGCAUCCACUGCCAGCACGUGCUGAUCGCCUGCUCGAAGAAGAUGCGCGAUCUGCGCGGCGACGCCGUCUGCGCCGACUAUGCGGCGACUGUGGAGCAGUGCUUCGAGAAUGGGCCGAUCAAGCUGCGCGGCUGGUCGCGCACCAUGGGCCACCUGGUCGAUGUGUUCAUCUGUGUGACCCAGCUGGGCUUCUGCUGCAUCUACUUCGUGUUCAUCAGCACCAACGUGAAGCAGAUCCUGCAAGCGUACGGCAUUGACAUGGACGUGCAUCUGGUGAUGCUGCUGGCCCUCGCACCCGUGCUGCUCAGCUCCCUGAUAACGAACCUGAAGUGGCUGACACCGGUCUCACUGUUCGCCAACGUGUGCAUGAUCCUGGGCCUGGCCAUCACCCUCUACUACGCCCUCAAGGACGGCCUGCCGGAGGUGACGGAACGCGCCUACUGGACGAACGGCUCCCAGCUGGCGCUCUUCUUCGGCACCGCCAUCUUUGCCUUCGAGGGCAUUGCCCUGGUGAUGCCCCUGAAGAAUGCCAUGCGCAAGCCGCGCCAGUUUGAGAGCACGCUGGGCGUCCUCAAUGUGGGCAUGUUUCUCGUCUCCGUCAUGUUCAUGUUCGCCGGAUCUGUGGGCUACAUGAAGUGGGGCGAGCAGGUCGGCGGCAGUCUGACCCUCAAUCUCGGCGAUACCAUCCUGGCCCAGUCGGUCAAAUUGAUGGUGUCCACGGGCGUACUCCUCGGCUAUCCGCUGCAGUUCUUUGUCGCCGUGCAGAUCAUGUGGCCGAGCGCCAAGCAGGUGUGCGGCAUGGAGGGUCGUUCGCUGGCCGGGGAGCUAAUCUUCCGGAGUCUGCUGGUGCUCGUGACGUUGGCCAUAGCGGAGCUGGUGCCGGCCUUGGGGCUAUUCAUCUCCCUGAUUGGCGCUCUGUGCUCCACGGCUCUGGCGCUGGUCUUUCCGCCGGUCAUCGAGCUGAUUGCGUGCAGUGAACCGAACAAGGGGCCCGGCAUUUGGAUUUGCCUCAAGAACCUAAUCAUCCUGGUGCUGGCCCUGUUGGGCUUCUUCACCGGCUCCUACGAGAGCCUCAAGCAGAUUGUCAAACACUUUGGCGAGGAGGAGUUCCACUUCUGGUUUGAGUUCUUGGCGCGUCAACACGCUUCUAAAACAAAAUACAAAAAAAAAAAAAAAAAAAACGAAAAUUGGGAAAAUCGCACAACGCGCGCGCACAUAUUAAAAAAGAAAGUGUAUAACGAAAAGGUGAUCGAAGCUGGCAAUAUGGGCAGAACAUUGGAAAUAACCAAGCCGGAGCAACAACAGCAGCAGCAUCCAAAUGCCACUAAGGGUGGAGAAAAGGAUCUGGAGAGCACAAUUGUUAAGCGUCGCCAUGCCACAAGCAAUCUGGAGGCGGCCACACAUCUCUUCAAGGGCAGUGUCGGCGCCGGCCUCUUCGCCAUGGGCGACUGCUUUAAAAAUGGCGGUCUCAUUGGCUCCACUUUGAUGCUGCCCAUAAUUGCGAUCAUGUGCGUCCACUGCGAACGGUUGCUCAUUCGUGGCUCCCUGCUGGCCGUCGCCCAAACGCCUGGCGCCACCUUCUACGAUUAUCCAGAGACCGUGGAGAAGUGCUUCGAGUACGGACCGCGGCCGUUGCGCCGCAUGUCGCGCGCCAUGAAGCUGAUUGUCGAGAUGUUUCUCUGUGUGACGCAAUUUGGCUUCUGUGCCAUCUACUUUGUCUUCAUCACGGAGAAUCUCUACCAGGUGAUGCAACAGAAUGGCAUAGACAUCAGCAUGAGUUUGGUCAUGCUGAUCACUCUGCUGCCCGCAAUGAUUCCAUCCCUGAUGACAAAUCUGAAAUAUAUCUCACCUGUGUCGCUGCUGGCCAAUUGUGCGCUGCUCUUUGGCCUCAUUGCCACGCUGUCGAUCGCCUUCACCAGCGGCCCGAUGCCCCCGGUAAGGGAGCGCAACUAUUUCACGGGCGGCAGCCAGCUGGCGCUCUUUUUUGGUACCGCUCUCUUCUCGUACGAGGGCAUCGCCCUGAUCCUGCCGCUGCGCAAUUCGAUGCGCGAGCCGGAAAAGUUCAGCAGUCGCUUCGGUGUGCUCAAUGUGACAAUGGUGCUGAUCACAUCGCUCUUUAUCUUCACGGGCUUCGUUAGCUAUGUGCGCUGGGGCGAAGAUGUUGCGGGCAGCAUCACGCUCAAUCUGGAUGUGGAGGAUGUCAUGUCACAGGUGGUCAAAAUGGUGGCCGCUAUGGGCGUCUUCUUCGGCUAUCCCAUACAAUUCUUCGUCAUGAUGAAGAUCCUGUGGCCCCCUGUCAAGCGCAACAAUAGCUGCGCCCAAAAGUAUCCAAUCACCAUGCAGGUGGCGCUACGUUUCAUCAUGAUCAUGAUGACCUUUUGCGUCGCCCUGGUUGUACCCCAAUUGAAUCUAUUUAUCUCUCUAAUCGGUGCAUUAUGCUCAACAUCGCUGGCAUUUGUCAUACCCAUCAUCAUUGACUUUGUCACCCGUGCCCAGGUGCCAAAGGGACUGGGCACCUGGAUCUACUUCAAGAAUAUCGUCAUCCUGACUAUUGCCAUAUUGGGUAUUGUCACUGGCACCUAUCAGAGCGUCGUUGAGAUUAUUAGAGAGUUUCAAUAGGUUAACUCGAUGGUUGGCCAAUUGCUUGCCAAGUAUUUUGUAAAUAUGCUGUAAUCGUGUGUUAAUAUCUUAUAAUGUUUAAAUGUCCUCGUUAUUUUUAAGUUCAAUAUCUGUAAUAUUUUUUUCACACUUCAUGUUUUUUUUUUUUGUUUGUUAUUAUUUUUAAGUUAUGCCCGCCGUGCUUAUUACGUGUGUGCCAGUUUAUUAUUAAUUGUCAACUGUUAAUAAGCUUUCAGCGAAACGAAACAACUAGAUAAAAAAAAAACCAAAACAAAUUAUAUUUUAAUAAAUGAUUAUACAUUGUCA